AUGUCCACCCCCGAGCCCAUUGCCAUCGUUGGCAUGUCAUGUCGCCUGCCCGGCGAUGUGUCUUCCCUCGAUGACCUCUGGACUCUCAUCUCUCGCUCCCGUGAUGGCUGGACCCCCAUCCCCAAGGAACGGUUUUCCGCAGAGGCCUAUUACCAUCCCAACCCGCAAAAGGCGGGAUGCUUCAACAGCAAGGGCGGCUACUUCCUCAAGCACGAUCUCUCCAGGUUCGACGCGCCCUUUUUCCAGAUCAGCAAGGCAGAGGCCACGGGAAUGGAUCCUCAGCAGAGGCAACUUCUUGAGUGUAGCUAUGAAGCCCUUGAGAACGCCGGGGUCACCAAGGAGGCUGCCGCUGGCCGGAACAUGGGCGUCUUUGUUGGCGCAACGUCGUCCGAUUACCGCAUAGGCUCCCUCAGGGACCCCAACCAGACACACAUGUUUGAUUCCACGGGGAACCAUCAGUCUCUCCAGGCCGCUCGUCUCUCUUACUACUUUGAUCUUCAUGGCCCCUGCUUCUCCAUCGACACGGCAUGCUCUUCCAGUCUCCAUGCGCUCCACUCGGCCGUCCAGAGCAUCCGUUCUGGAGAAUCGGAUUCUGCCCUCGUCGCCGGUUGUAACCUGCAUCUCAGCCCGGACGAGAUCGUGUCCAUGUCCAUGCUAGGCAUUUUCAAUGAUGAGGGAAAGACCUAUUCCUUUGAUCAUCGUGCCACCGGUGGCUUCGCACCAGGCGAGGGAACGGGAUGCCUUGUCCUCAAACCUCUAGACCAGGCGCUCAAGGACAAUGAUAAGAUCAGGUCCGUCAUUAUCAACACUGGCACAAACCAAGAUGGGAAGACCAACGGAAUCACAUUGCCGAGCGGCGAGGCCCAGGAGCGUCUCAUACGUGAUGUUUACGCCCGUGCAGAUAUCUCGCCCAAAGACACGGGCUUCGUCGAAGCUCACGGAACGGGAACCAAGGUUGGUGACCCUAUCGAGGCCGGCGCUAUCUACCGCGUCUUUGGCGAAGGUCGAACCAAGCGGUCUCCCCUGUACGUGGGGUCGGUCAAGACCAAUGUCGGCCACCUCGAAAACGCGAGUGGCGUCAUCUCCAUCAUCAAAGCGACGCUGAUGCUCGAAAGGGGGUUUAUCCUCCCCAACGUCAAUUUCCAAAAGGCCAACGAGGCUAUCCCGUUAGACCGGUGGAACAUGAAGGUUCCCGUCAACAUUCGCCCCUGGCCAAAGGACAAGAAGUACAUCAGUGUCAACAACUUUGGUUUCGGUGGCAGCAACGCCCAUGCCAUCCUUACCCGCCAUCCCUUCUCCCUCGAUGACUCGCCUCCGGGGAAGUAUGCUUUCAGCUGCGGCCUCUUCGCCCUCAGCGCAAAUGAUGAGGCUACGGCCAAGAGGAUGGCCGUCAACCUGGGGGUCUACAUUGAACAGCACCCCGAGGUCUUCCAGAAGAGGCUUUUGCGCCACAUGGCUUACACUCUCGGUGAGAGAAGGUCUCAGAUGCCGUGGCGUAUCGCUGUUCCAGCCUCGUCGUGUAGCGAGCUUGCCAAGGUGCUCAACUCCCCGAUGGCAAUUCCCAAGCGCGUCGGUACCACGCCCAAGCUCGCCUUUGUCUACACCGGCCAGGGCGCCCAGUGGGCCCAGAUGGGCCGUGAGCUCAUGGACAGCCACCCCGUCUUUGCUGGCACCGUCAAGGCCGCCUCCGACUCCCUCCUUCAGCUCGGCGCCAGCUUCGACCUUGUUCAGGAGCUGCACAGGCAUGAAGACGAGUCUCUCGUUGGCCAGGCCCACAUCUCGCAGCCUGCCUGCACCGCCAUCCAGCUCGGCCUGACAGCACUCCUGUCUUCUUGGGGCAUCAAGCCAUCCGUGACUGUCGGCCACUCUAGCGGAGAGAUUGGCGCCGCCUUUGCCGCAGGGGCCGUCAGCAUCCAAGACGCCAUGGCUGUGGCGUACCACCGCGGCCAGGUCGCCUACACCUUGAAGGAGAGGUACCCCGGACUGCACGGUAGCAUGCUUGCCGUCGGUGCCGGCCCUUCCGAGGUGAGGAAGGCGAUCAAGCAGCUCGGUGUACCGGGCCUCACGGUUGCUUGUGAGAACUCCCCCGCCUCAGUCACUGUUUCCGGCGACGAGUCAUCGAUAGAUGCCCUUGCUGCUGAGCUUGAGACCGAGAGUAUCUUUAAUCGCAAGCUGCGUGUCGAUGUUGCCUAUCACUCAGCCCACAUGAAACUUAUUGCCGAGGAAUACCUCAGUGCCAUCGAGAACGUGGGUGCUGGUGUUAAUGACGAGGACGUCACCUUCUACUCAUCUCUUAAGGGGGGCCUGAGCACCACAUCGGCCCUGAGCCCCAAGUACUGGGUUGAAAACCUGACCAGCCCCGUCCUCUUCUCCACGGCGAUGCGCCAGCUCUAUGAGGAGACGGAGCCCAACAUCAUUGUCGAGAUUGGGCCACACUCGGCACUGGAGGGCCCCAUCAAACAGAUCCUCAAGGAUGUCGGCCCCGAGGCUGCCUCGGAUGUUACGUACAUGGCCUCCCUUGUCCGCGGACAGGACGGCACGUCGUCCUUGCUCAAGCUUGCCGGCAAUCUCUGGUCCCAAGGCCAGGCCAUCGAUUUUUCCGAGAUAAACCAGAGCAAGUCCGGAUCAAAGCCCCAGCUGAUCACCGACUUCCCGUCGUAUCCCUGGGCCGACCACAAGUUCUGGUUCGAGCCACGCCUGAGCAAGCAGCACCGCCUGAAGCCUUUUGGUCGCCACGAUCUCCUGGGGAUCCUCGAAGAUGCCUAUAGUGAUGCGGAGCCCACAUGGCGCAACGUACUGUCGGUUGACAGUGUCCCUUGGCUCAAGAGCCACAAGAUGCAGUGGCUCACCACGUUCCCGAUGGCCGGUUAUCUUUGUAUGGCUGUCGAGGCGGCAUCUCAGAAAGCUCGUCUGCGCGGCGUCGCGCCUGAAAAUAUUGCCGGCUUCCGUCUCCGCGAAGUCCACGCCUCCAAGGCCCUGCUCCUGGACGAUGGCAUCGAGUACGAGACAUGCCUAUCUCUUCGUGCCUACGCUGAGGGUACCCGAUCGUACUCCAACGAAUGGGACGAGUUCCGUAUCUCGUCCUGGCAGUCUGGAAGAGGCUGGCUUGAGAACUGCCGCGGUCUUGUAUCCGUCAAGAAGCCGUCUGCUGGAAACCCGGUCAGCGACUCCUUGUACCAGACGGCAAAGCUGCACCGCGAAAACUCCACCAUCUACGGUGGCCAGGAUCUCUCGCUCGAGGAGUUCUAUGCCGAACUCUACGCUUGUGGAGCUGCUUACCAGGCGCCCUUCAGGGCCCAGGAAGAUGCCAAGAUAAACCUCCGCAGCAACUACUCCACCAGCAGCGUCGCUGUGCCGGAAACCAGGUCCUUCAUGGAUUCCAACCACGAAGUUCCCUCCAUCCUCCCCACCGCCCUCGCUGACCUCCUCUUCCAGCUGCCUUACGCCAUCCUAGGAGCUGGUCGUGGCCUCAUGCCCACGCUCUUUAUGCCUUCUGUCAUCAGGGAGAUCGACAUCAAUGGCCCGGUCCCCAACCAGCCAGGUGAGAAGGUCAAUGUUGUGGCCUACGGCGUUCCUGACUACUCCAGCACUCAGCCCGUCGACUUCGACAUAUCUGCCUGGGGCGAGGCUUCUGACAAGCCUAUCGCGUCCCUCAGCGGGAUGAAGAUGACUCCCAUAAACGACGGCAAUGGUGCAGACGAAGCGGGCCCUCGCUCCAUCUGCUACAAGGUCCAAUGGCAGCCCCUCGAGGGAUUGCCCAAGUCUGGUCCUGCGGAUGAUAAGGCACAUUCCGUCGGUGAAACCAAUAGAGCCGGUGUCGAUGCCCGCAAGGAGUAUGCCGAGGGGAAUGGCAAUGGCAAUGGAGCUGCCGGUAACGGAAACGCUGAUAAUGGGAACGGAGCUGGGACCGACGGCCACAACCAUGGCGUCAAGGACAUCAGUAACCCCACUGUUAUCCUGACUGACAGGGACGUAAACGAUCCGCUGAUCGUGGCGCUCUCCGUCAUCAUUGAUCUCCGCACGGGCUGCAGCCCCCGCCUGUCGUCUAUGGCCGAUGCCCAGGUGUCGCCUGAGGAUAGCUACAUCUGCCUUGCCGAGCUGGACAACCCGGUUCUGCACUCCAUGAACGCUGAGACCUUUGGCAAGGUCAAGGAUCUCUUGCUCAACGGCCGCUCUAUGCUGUGGGUGACCUCGGGCGCUUACCGCUUCGCAGAAGAGCCCGAGAACAACCUCGCCCAGGGUCUCGCGAGGACGGUCAGGUCCGAGGCGCGCAAGGCUGUGGCAACGCUCGACCUGGAGGUCUCGUCCAAGCUCCUGCCUGUCGACCAGGCCGAGGUCAUCUACACGGCCUUCAAGACGUCUCUUAUCCAGCCGGACGACGGUUCCGAGCCCGAGGCCGAGUUUGCCGAGGAAGAUGGUCAGCUUGUCGUUCCCCGUGUUGUCGAGCAGGAUGACAUGAACCUCGCCAUCUGCCGCGCGACGCUCCCCUCUGCGCCUUACGAGCAGACCUUUGAGCAGGUUGGUCGUCGCCUCAAGCUAUCCGUUGGCACCUAUGGGGCGCUCGACACCAUCUAUUGGAAGGACGAGCCGGAGGCUGAGCUCGGUGCUGGUGAGAUUGAGAUCAAGGUGGCCGCCACGGGCAUGAACUUCAAGGACGUCGUCAUCGCCAUGGGCCAGGUUACCAGCCCGUACGUCGGCAUCGAGUGCAGCGGCACCGUCUCUCGCGUCGGCUCCGCCGUCAGCUCCCUCGGCGUUGGCGACCGCGUCUGUGCCAUGUCGCUGGGUGCAUACAGCACAUUCGCCCGGUGCCCGGCCGCGAGUGCGUCCAGGAUCCCCGAUGACAUGCCGUUUGCCGUCGCCGCCUCUGUCCCUGUCGUCUUCUCCACGGCGUACUAUGGCCUCCUGGAUCUCGCCCGCAUGGAGCCGGGAGAGAAGGUGCUCAUCCACGCUGCAUCUGGUGGUGUCGGUCAGGCCGCGAUCCAGUUGUCCAAGAUGAUCGGCGCCGAGAUCUACGCCACGGUCGGCAGCGUGGAGAAGAAACAGCUGAUCAUGGACACGUACGGUAUCGCCGAGGAGCGUAUCUUCUACAGCCGCGACAGCGACUUUGGUCCCGCACUUAGGGAGGCGACCGGCGGCAAGGGUGUCGACGUCAUCAUAAACUCGCUUGCUGGUGACCUCCUGCGCGAGUCCUGGGAGUGCCUUGCCCCCUUUGGCCGCUUCAUCGAGAUUGGAAAGAGAGACAUCAGCUCCAACACCAGGCUCGAGAUGGGCAGGUUUGAGUACAACUGCACUUUCAGCUCCGUGGACCUGACCCUAGUUGCUGCCGAACGACCCAAGAUUAUGGGCAGGAUCCUCAGUUCGGUUCUUGAUCUCCUGGCCAAGGGUACUAUCAGGCCCGUCGGUCCCAUCAGCACCAUUGGUAUCUCAGAGGUCGAGAAUGCGCUCCGCCGUCUGCAGAGCGGUAAGACGACUGGAAAGAUCAUUGUUGAUCAUCUUCUCCCUGAUCAAAUGGUCAAGGUAAGAGACAAUAACCCUCCCCACAUUGUCAUUUCAUCUGUUCUCUGUGAUGAUGAUUUUGCUUACAUUGAUACUUUUUUUUUUCCUGUUCUGUCUCUCUUUCACCAGAUGACGCACGGAGCCAACUCCUCUACCCCCGUCAACCGCAACUCUACCUACCUCAUCAUCGGAGGUACCGGAGGAAUCGGUCGGUCCAUGACGAUGAGACUGGUCGGCCGGGGAGCAGGCCACGUUGUCCUGCUGUCCCGAAGCGGCCAGGUCACCGGCGACCUGAAGCAGCUUACCGAGGAGUGCAGCGCCCUCGGUGGCACCGUUCACGUCAAGAAGUGUGAUGCCGUUGACGAGGGCCAGGUGAACGCCCUCGUGUCCGAGCUGAAGACGACGCUGCCUCCUAUCAAGGGAAUCAUCCACGCCGCCAUGGUGCUCAGGGACGUUCUCUUUGAGCGCAUGGAGUUUGACGACUACGAAGCCGUCGUGCGGUCCAAGGUGUACGGUGCGUGGAACUUUCACCAAGCCCUCGGGGACGGCCUCGACUUCUUCGUCGUGCUCUCGUCGGUCGCCGGUAUAGUGGGCAACCGCGGACAGGCCGCCUACGCCGCCGCCAACACCUUUCUGGAUGCGCUCACGCUGCACCGCCGUCGCAAGGGUCUGGCCUCGUCAUCGCUAGACCUCGCGGCCGUCGAGGGUAUCGGCUACCUGGAACAGGACAAGGAGAAGCAGGCGCAGGUUCUCAAGAACCUAUCCGGCGGCACGCUGGGCGAGCCGGAGCUCCUGGCCCUGCUCGAGACCGCCAUCGACGGCCGCCUCGAUGCCUUCUGCGGCGGACAGUGCAUCACGGGCCUGGACCUGUCCAACCCAGCGUCGUUCCCCUUUUACGCGUCGGAUAGCAAGUUCUCCAUCCUAAGGGAAAAGACGCUCGCCAACUCGGGCCUAGACAACGGGCCGGGCAAAGGUGCCGUCCUGCCCACGUCGGAGCGGCUGGUCGCGGCAGACAGCACCGAGGCCGCGGUCGAGGUGGCCAUUGAGAGUCUUGUCGAGAAGCUGGCGGGCAUCGUGAUGUUGCCGGUCGAGGUGCUUGCCGCCCAGCAGAACGUGACCAUGACCAACCUGGGACUCGACUCUCUCACGGCCAUUGAGCUGCGUAACUGGAUUGACAAGGAGUUCCAAGCGCACCUACAGGUUCUCGAGCUCCUCAGCUGCGGAUCUCUCCCCGAUCUGACGUCUCUGAUUCUGCGCAAGACAAAACUCAUGGGUGUUUGGACCGAGGCCAAGUAG